AUGUUUGGGCUCUUAUUCCGGCAGUAUAGACAGUUACCAUGUGCGGCAUCGCAAGCGCGUCAAUUCAGCACAACCAACGCGUUGAACAUUAGCCGGAAGCCUGAAUCCAAAAUUCGCAUUCCCUCCAAAAAGGCACUUGCAGCCAAGGCUCGACGAAAGGCUGCUCUAGCUGUGAAAGAAGAAGCCAAGUUGUUGAAGCUUCCCUUAACAGAGGCCAUUGCAGUACUUAGAGCCGCCGAGGUAGCCUCCCCGAAUUCAAUUUAUGAACUGUUCGUGAAGACAGAACUUGGAAACGGAACGGCUGUUCCAAGAGGACGCGUUAACCUUCCGAGAGAGGCGAAACCCAGGGCUGAAGACAAGAUUCUUGUUUUUGCAGAGGGCAGACGGGCGGAGGAAGCCCGGAAAGCAGGAGCACACAUCGUUGGAGGCCCGGAAUUAAUCGAAGGAAUCCUCAACAAUCGUCACCGUGCUACCACGAUUUUAUGUAUUCCAUCACUCAUCCGCACUAUUACCCCGAAACUCGGUCGUUUCCUCGGCCCACUUGGUCUAAUGCCUUCAGAACGCAGAGGAACAGUGACCGAGGAUGUUGCUGGAUAUAUUCAGCGACUCCACGGAACUAGCGAAUGGAGAGCAGACAGGGCAGGAAACAUUCGAGCGCCGAUCGCCACAAUGCAAUUUCCUGUUGAGGAUGUUGUGACGAAUGUCCACCAUUUCAUGGCUUCUGUGAAGCGGGCGACGGGUAACUCGAAAGAAGCGGACGCUGCCGAUCGUAAACUGAAGAGCUCCGGCGGGACUCGGGCAGUUAUACCUAUCAAGAAGGUCAUUCUUAGUUCUCGACAAGGACCGGGGAUUCGGAUAUCAGAUUACUAG